AUGGUAUACAGUUCGCUGACUGACAUUCCUCGCAACCUCAAGGAGGGUAUUGAUUGGUUGAUCGCCCUGAGGGGAACUGAUGCCGAAAAGAACUUGAAGGCUUUGGGCGAGGCGCUUUACAAAUUCCUCGCAGACAAGCCCGUUGGCAAGAGGGAGUUGCCGGCUCUCGAAAAUGUAAAACUUAUCUCUAAGAAGUUCCUGGAGAAACCGGAGCUUAAGGACAUGUGGCCCGCAAGCGAGCUGCUGGGGAGGUUUAAUAAGCCUAUGAACAAAAACUUCGUUGGGUUAGCAAAGUGCUUUAACAAUGCCGACGAAAGCGAUUACAAGAACGUCGUAAAGGCCAGGCGUCUUACCCCUAAAACCAUCGCAGAGAAAUUAGGUAAAAUUGUGGCUGGCUGUGAGAAGUUAUUAGAGAGUGUCAAGAACCCUGAGCAGUAUUACUCCUCUUACACUUCGGAAGCGACGUGGGAGGCAUCUUGCGCAGAGAACCCGGAAGCCUGUGCGGUAGUCCUAGUGGGGAUUGCACCAAUGCUAUACACAGGCCUACGGUCUUUGCGGGAGGAGAGCAAAGUUGGAACUGGGGUGUUGCCACUCUCUGGUAAGGGUAAGCCUAUGGGAAAAGUGUUGAAGGCCGUGGGCUACAAAGAAUCAGAGUACCGCGCUGGAAUGACUGGCUUAAGUAUCCGCAAUGCAUUGAAGGGUCUGACUCUGGAAGUUCUGGACACAAUCUACGAUCUCUGUGGCUUCUGGGCUUUCUACUGA